CACGUGUGCAGAAUUCGCGGAGCAACUUUCUAUUGACAACGGUCGGUCCCGGUAACGUGCCCUUACUGGUAACAGCCGAUCAUUUCGUUCCGGUUUGAUCAUUGUCGUGGCCAGGAAAGUAAGCACGACUUGAUGUGUGUAUUUCUGACAAUUUUUCUGGAUAAAUCAAUCCAAUCAAACGUAUUCUUGGUGCGUCGUGCGACUGUGCUCACGGUUACAGAUCUAGUCAUUUUCAGUUCGACAAGCCGAGAAUCACGUCUCGAACGGUCACUUCCUGUUGUUCCGCCGCACCACUCUAGAGCCCUCCGUACGUACGACUCCUGGAAAGUGUAAGAGAGUAACCUUACCCGACUCUUUUACUGUUUGUUGAGCUGUGUCUCGUAUCAAGAAUCGCUCGGUUUCUAGGCUCGCCAUUCUCGCGGCGCGCUUUACGUUCCGGCCAACCGCUUGAGAGCAGCCGUAGACCAACAAUCGCCUUGGGAUCCUUCGCCCACAAUCGAACUACGAUACCGUCUGUCCAACGAACCAUGGAUUUGUUUUUGUUCACAGUCUCCGCAGCAGCCUAUCGUUACCACAUUGGCUGGAAUAAAACGAAGUUUUUCCGAGGGAUUUCUUACGCAACGUUGUCGAAACAAAAUGCCGAAACGAGUACCGCGAUACUUCGGCACUUUGCCAAAUCGAGUGUCUUUGGACGCUUGGCCUCGUACGAAGGAGCUUUGACGGUCCAACGGGACGUGGAAGACGGCGAAAAGCUAGAGAUAGGUAUUGAAUUUGCCAAGAAAAAAGGGGUCAUCGAUCCGGACUUUACACCCGAACCCUAUAUAACCAUUGACGUUUUGGGCAAAGCACCCGCGGAGGUCGCUUCCAUCAUUCUCCAGCACGUUGGACAACAAGCGUCGGGCGUGAUUGUAUUGGUCGGCCUCUCUGGAACGGGAAAAGGCACCACCGUCGCGCUCUUGCGUCAAACACUAGAACAGGACCAGGGCAAACAGGUCGUCACCUGGUCCAACGGCAACGUAUUUCGUUCCGUCACACUCUUGGCGGCGACCUGGUGCGAGCAACAACCCGGUAUUGACGGAUUCGAUGCCACAAAGGCUCUGACCAAAGGAAACAUUGCCAAUUACAUGAAAAUGCUGACCUUUGGUAAAUUCAACGGAAAGUACGAUAUCCGCAUUCACGGUUUGGGUCUCGAUGUGCUCGUAUCGGAAGUGCAAAACACGACGCUCAAAAGUUUGGCCGUCUCCAAGAACAUUCCCACCGUUGCUCAAUUCACACAAGGGGAAGUUAUUUUGUUCGCCGCCCAAGCUGUGGAAACAAUGGGUAAGGACGGGAUCUUUGUGCUUCUGGAAGGUCGCGAACAAACGGUUGAUUACGUACGCAGUCCGCACCGUUUCAACCUUACUCUAUCCGAUCCAACCUUAAUUGGCAAGCGACGAGCCGCGCAGCGGCUCAUGGGAUCGGCCGUGGGAUCCGUGCCUAAAAAUGCAGCCCCAGUCAUCAUUCAACAAGCCAUGGAAGAUGCCCUCCACGAUAUGGUGAAGGAAAUUGAAUCGCAGUAA